CCUCCGGGCCUGUGCAUCUAAGAAUGCAUACAUCCAUAAUAUUACUGAAUUUGAUGCAAGGCAACAUGGCCAAAGUCAUCAACGUGCAAGAAAAAAACAUAACUGAAUUUUCACGGUAACGUGCCUCUGUUGUAUGUAUUACUCCUCUCUGGACCAACAACUUGCCCCCAUUAAUACUUUGAAACAUUUGCAUCAGGAUAUUAAUUUCUUGUGCACCCCCUACAAAAAUAUAUUGUUCUAAUAUAAAAAUAUGACCCUUGGCGAAAACUAGCCUAAAUGAUGAAAACUAGGCACGUGGAUGAACUCUAUUGAAAUAAUAAAGUUAUUUCACAACUUCUUAGAUUUCAAAAAAUUUACCGAGCAAAGAACAACAAGAGCAGAAAAAACAAUGGUAGGGUGGUGACAUCCAUGAUCUAGUGCUAUCGCUCGAAGCUACCUCCUCUCAACCUAUUCUCCCUUGCCCCGAACUGACAUGUUUGGAACCUAGGUGUAGAUAAAUCUGAAUUGGAAAAUAAUUUGGUAAUUGCAAAAGAAUAUAAAAAAAUCAUGAUUUUUUCUAGAAACAAUCAUGAUCAAGUGUUUACACUUGCAUAAAAAAAUUGCGGAAGAAUGCUUUUUAUGGUAUUGUGGGCGAAAGAAAAAUAAAUGAGCACUACAUCAUAGUUACUAUUCACUCCUUUUGUUCGCAGUUUUUUUGCCCUGAAGUCGAUGGGAGUUCGCAAAACUUUUUAUAUGAGUACACCAGUAGGUCAAGUUUGUUACCCAAAAAAAAUAUUUUUUAAUUUUUUGAAUUGCUAAUUUUUUCGUAUCACGUCCAUCUUCGCCCAGGUUCAUCCCUCCUCCCCCCUAUGAUAUUCCCGCCAAUCCAACACCUCCCCUUCUCCCCAACCCUUAUCACCGCCCUCCUUCCUCCCCUUCCUUUCUAGAGGCGGGGUGUGCCGAUGCGUUGGAUCAAGAAUAUUCGGUCCAACAUCAACCUAGACAACCUCCCCUUCCCCUUCUUCCUCCUCUACGCCCUAAAUCGAUGAUGCUCCGAUGUUGUUGUAAACCUCAUUGGGCUAAUUUUUUUGCUUAUAUAUUUUUCUAUUCGAAAAGGUGCGAUGGCACCCGGGAGUCCCGACACCCCGCUAUCCUAUGCGUUCAACGUUUUCAAGAUUCGUGAUGUGGUGUGGACAGCAGCAGGCCACUUGCGUUGUCAUGUUAGUUAAUCAGGCAAUUUACAGAGUCGAACAGGGCACGGUACUAGGCUGCAGCAUGCAGAGUAGGUAUGGCAACUGUUCCCGACUAGCUUGUCAGGCCCGGCUACUGUAGCGCGAGAUGUUCCAGCGGCCCGUCAUGUCAUUCUUAUCUAUCUUUUCUUCUGUUCUUUUUUUGAGUGAAGAGAGAGGAGAAAGGUGAGGAGAGAGAGCCUUUUUUAUGAGCCAGAGAGAGGACUAAUGGAAGGAGACAGAGGCUGUGACCUGUGCGAGAGAGAAGAGACAUGAGAGAAAAUAACUGUUUUCCAUGGAGGACAGAGAGGCUGUGAACGGAGAGAGAAGAAGGUGGCGGCACACUUUUUAUUAGCCCAUGAGAGAGACAGAAAUGUCAGAAGAGAGAGGUUGUGAGAGAGAAAAAUAAUUGUUUUCCAGGAGAGAGAGCGACGGUGAAUCUUGGGAGGAGAGAGUGAUUUCACUGUAACUGUUCAAGUAGGCAUGUUAAAACAAGAACCAUCACAGUGCCUUGCACAGAUCUCCAAAACUUUGUUUUGGAUGGACGGUGCUGAUAGAAGGGAGUCUAGGCACCCGGGUUCUAAAAAUCUAGUCUCUUUUCUAUUUGAAGGAAGAAAGAAGGCCAUGAUCACGUUGCUUUGCUCCAAAAAAGAAGGCCAUGCUGGCACCUAACUGCGCAUAGGUAGGUCCUCAAAUCAAAAGAAAAGAGAACAAAGAAGUGAACAUCGGUAAGGCAUGACCAACCCGACCGUUUCCUCCUACCCGCGGCUUACGCCCCCUUUUCAUUCAAACAUAGGUGAACAUCGGUACGUUCCAUUCAACGUCAACCUUCCCGAUUCAAACCUUUACCCGUCCGUUCCCUCCCCUAUUUGAACCCUUCUUCCCACCACUCCAGUCUUCGUAUUCAACUCUUCACACCCCCACCCCACCCAGCUGCCCGCCACACGCGCCCAACACGCCCGCUCUGCUCCAUCGUCUCCAUCAGCCCAUCCAUCGAACCACCACCUAGCCAUCACCUACCCUUUCUCUUCCUCGGCCGAUCGAUCCAUGGCGCUGCUGGCACGGAGGUCGAGGAGGGCGGCGACCAAGGCGGCGGCGCCGGUGGCGGUGGAGCUGUCCAUCCCGGCGCACUUCCGGUGCCCGAUCUCGCUCGACCUCAUGCGCGACCCGGUCACGGCGCCCACGGGGAUCACCUACGACCGGGAGAGCAUCGAGGCGUGGCUCGACACCGGCCGCGCCGCCGUCUGCCCCGUCACCCACGCCCCGCUCCGCCGCGACGACCUCGUCCCCAACCACGCCAUCCGCCGCGUCAUCCAGGACUGGUGCGUCGCCAACCGCUCCCGCGGCGUCGAGCGGAUCCCCACGCCCAAGAUCCCCGUCACCCCCGUCCAGGCCUCCGAGCUCCUCUUCGAGGUCGCCGAGUCCGCGCGCGCCCGCGACCGCGGCGCGGCCGCCCGGUGCGCCGCCGCGGUCGCCAGGGUCAGGGCCCUCGCCAGGGAGAGCGAGAGGAACCGGCGCUGCUUCGCGUCCAUCGGCACUGGCCGCGUGCUCGCCGCGGCGCUCGAGUCGCUCGCGGCGGGCGGCGGCGAGCCAGCCGGGGGUGUUCUUGAGGACGUUCUCGCGGCAUUGGUCCGCAUGGCGCCGUUGGACGGGGAGACCGCCAGGAUCUUGGGAUCGCCGCGCUCGCUGGGCUCGUUGGUCGCGAUCGCCGAGAAUGGAAGCUUGGCGGGAAGGCUCAACGCCGUGAUGGCGAUCAAGGAGGUCGUGUCCUCGUGCGACGGAGCAUGCACGGAUUUGGGCGUGAAAGCCGACGACAUCGUGGACGCGCUGGUCAAGAUCAUCAAGGCUCCCAUCUGCCCACAGGCUACCAAGGCAGCCAUGGUCGCCGCCUACCAUCUGGCGCGCUCCGACGAGCGCGUCGCGGCGCGCGUAGCCAGGACCGGUCUCGUGCCGGUGCUCGUCGAGUCCCUCGUCGACGCCGACAAGAGCGUGGCAGAGAAGGCGCUGGCGUUGCUCGACGCCGUGCUCGCGUCGGAGCAAGGCCGCGAGAGCGCGCGCAUGCACGCGCUCACCGUGCCCAUCCUCGUCAAGAAGAUGUUCCGCGUGUCCGACCUGGCCACCGAGCUCGCCGUCUCGGCGAUGUGGAGGCUCGGCAAGAACGCGGGGGGCGACGAGGGCGCAGCGACGAAAUGCCUGGUAGAGGCGCUGCGGGUCGGAGCCUUCCAGAAGCUGCUGCUUCUCUUGCAGGUUGGCUGCCGGGACGCAACCAAGGAGAAGACCACCGAGCUGCUCAGGAUGCUCAACAAGCACAAAGGCGUAGGGGAAUGCGUCGACGCCAUGGACUUCAGAGGGCUCAACAAGCUGUCCUGAAUCACAACUUGUGUAAAGAAACAUUGUAGGAUAGAUGGAUGUGUAAGCUAGCAGAUUGGUAGGAUAGUUGGAUGUAAAUUCUUCUCCCUUUUUGCGUUUGCCAGGUGUUAGCUAGAUUCAAACUUUUUUUUUUUUUAGAAACGCUUGAACGCUACUUGAGAAACAAAUAAAAGGCUUAAGUACAAUGCAACUGUCGAUAGAUCUUCCCGCUGCUUGAGAUCUUGUUAUCAAACUUCUUAUAUAUUCAUAA